AGGGCCGGGCUUCGAUUCGAAUCGGAAGCCUGAUUCACCGAUUUUUGAAAACCAUGGUAGAGAGACGAGAAGUAGAACUCGCUUUCAUCUACUUUCUGAUGCCUGUGUCCAACGCUGAAGGGUUUCACGUUCACAUGUUACGGCAAAUCUAGGGAAUUUCAGUGGAACCUAUCUGUUCUAGUAAUUUGAUAGCCUCAGGAGUGGAUCAAAGCCAUCUAUGCCCAGUGGUUUGAUUCAUUUUUGAAGUUAAGAAGUGAGCCAAGUUGCAGGGGAAAUUCAAUAUUCAAUGAACUCCGUACGCUGAGGUGACAUGGAAGAGAAGAAUGAGAAGAUGAGAGUGGGUGGGGGUGCGCAGGUUCGCAAGGGCGGUAUGAGUUUGGUCUUGCAGGGGUUGGCACGGGGGGUGAAGUAGGGCGGUGCGCAGGGGUUGGUCUUGAGCAGGAAGCGAAGCAGGCUGUUCACAGGGACCGGAAGGUGGGUGGUGCGCCGAAAAUGUAAGUUAAGCACUCGAGCUCGAGUGGUCGACUGCUUCUCUGCUCUCUCAAGCAAUGUCUCUCGUUUUCCCGUUUCAGGGUUGAAGGUCAGAAGCUCCCAUGAAUCAUCCAAACCCUUAUUUCAAUCCCUAUUCCUUCACUUUUCUUCCCCCAAACCCUAACUCUAACCCUAACCCUAACCCUAACCCAAACCCAAACCCAGAUUUCUGCUACACUCUUCCUCAACCCCGUCAAUCUCCUCUCCCCUCAACCUCAAUCUCUAAUACAACCUCUGUCUCUUCUUCAAAUCCUGAUCUUCAAACCACCAUCUCAACCCUAAAAAACCUCAUCGAUCUUGCCCAGACCAGCAUCAAAUCAGCUUCUGAUCUUCUUUAUUCUGGCAAGCCCGCUGUUACUGACCUUGAUUUUUCUACUUGCCCUUUUGAUUCUCGCCAUCGGAUGCCCCCGGAGUUCCUGUUUCGUCAUUAUCUACAGUGUCCUUCUUCGCCUGGUGUGAUCGACCUUGGCCUUCUGGAGCCUUUGCGUUACCCCAAUUCUCUGAAAUCUGAGGAAGAAUUAGGGAGAGAGAACCGAUUUGUGAGGCCUCUUCAGGAUUCUGAUUCUGAUCUCUUUUUUUCUCUGGAUGACUACGAAGACAUUGGAUCGAAUUUCUUUUACAGGGAAUGCCCUGGAGUAGUUUGUUCGUCUCGGCAGGAUGCAUCCAAGAAGACAUUUAUGCUCCCUUGUGUUUUAUCUAUUGAAUGCGCAAAUUUUAUCAGUAAGGGUGAUAAUAAAAUUGAGGACUUGGGUAGAGGAGAUUUGAGGAUUCUUCCCUCUGAGUUAUGGGCGUUGAGAUGUGAAGUAGAGCUGUGGAGUGACAUCCCUUCUUCAUAUUCAUACACUGUUCGUCGAGUGGCUAUGUGUUUACAGAUGAUUAAGGAAGCUGAUAUACUGAAAUGGGUGAUUUCGAACUCUCCUUUUUAUGGGGUUGUGAUUGAUGUUCCUAUGAGGGAUCACAUUUUUCUUCUGUUGAAACUCUGUCUGAAAGCUAUCUCACGGGAUGCCCUUCACUCCAGUGAAUUGCUUUCAAGCACUGACUCAAGCCAGGGGAAUUGGGAUCUUAAUCCGAAGUCUUUGAGUUUCAAGUGCCCAGUUCUGGUUGAAGUAAUGAUGUGGUUAUCAUCCCAACUUUCGGUUUUGUAUGGAGAAGCCAAUGGAAAAUUAUUUUCAGUUAACAUGCUAAAGCAUUGCCUGUUGAAUGCUGCAUCACGUUCAUUACUGUUUCCUUUGACCCCAAAAAAAACAGUAGCUAUUGCUUCGGGUGAAGGUAGUCGGAUUUUGGAUGCUAAUGUGAGUUAUAUGGGCAGUCAGAUUUUUUAUCCGAAAGUCACUGUGGAUGUUAAAGACAAAGAGUCAUGUAGAGAUGACAAUGCCAGCACUGGCCUAGUUUUUAUAUCACAGGUUGCAGCAGCAAUUGCUGCAUUGCAUGAGCGAUCUUUGCUCGAGGAAAAAAUCAAGGGACUACGAUUUGCAGGGUCGCUUCCUAAGUAUCAGCUGAUAGCUGAGCAUUCGAAUUUGUCAACGAGAGCUAAUGAGGAGAGGCAGAAACACCCUAACUAUCGUCCUAUUCUUGAGCAUGAUGGACUUUAUUGGCAGCAUUCGGGAAACCAGGAUUCGGGUAAGACUAAGACAAGAGAGGAGCUUUUGGCUGAGGAAAGGGACUACAAACGUCGAAGAAUGUCAUAUCGUGGCAAGAAGGUGAAGCGAACAACAACACAGGUUAUGCGGGACAUAAUAGAGGAGCACAUGGAAGCAAUCAAGCAGGCAGGAGGGAUUGGGUGCUUUUUUAAAGGACCUUCAGACACUGGGUUGUUACAUUCUGGUUUAGUUUCUGCUUGUAAUAUGGGUGCAGAUGUCGAUGAGAAAAAAAGUGCAUUUGGUUCAACUGAACUGAGCAGAGGGAAAUCACAUAGUUACAAGAAACAAUUAAUUUCUGACGAUGAAGUAACAUAUAAAUACUCUGGGGAUGCUCCUCCAAAUGAUCGCCUGAGCAAUAGUUCAAGGAGUUCACACCAGAAACAGAGAGAUGAUUCACUUGGGCACCAUGAAGCUCCGGAGGACUGCAGAAGAGGCACUGAUAGGGAGUCUAGGGACAGAAGAUAUGAUAGAGAAUUCAAUUUCAGAAGUCCAGAAAGUUACAGAAGUCAUGGCCGAUCAUAUAAGCGACACAGGCAUCAGAGGGAACGAGAUGAUGAGAAUGUGGCUAGGUCUAAAUAUGAUGAAAGUGGUCGUUCUUCUUCUCAGCGGUCCAGACGUCAUGGCAAUACUCGUUUUUCUUCUGAUUCAAGUUCUGUAAGCAAUUCACAUGAUAGGAAGCACAGUAAAUUAUCAGAAAUUAAAGACAGAAGCACGGGAAGAAGAGACAGAAGCAAUUUAUCAGAAUCAAUGAAUCAAGAUACAUUUGAGGACAGAUUUGAUCCUUCUGGAUUGUAUGACAGGCAUGACCCUUCUGCAUCAUAUGAAAGAUAUGAUCCUAUAUGACCCUUGAGGAUCAUACAACAGAUACAAGGGUGUCUACAAUGAUUAUGAGUUUUUGGUAGUAAGUUUUUUAGGCUGGAUUAUCUUGACAGUAAAAAUGAUCUCAAGUGUCAUAAGCAACUGCAAAGAAUUCACUCUCUUAGUAGAAUAUCUGCAACAUCACCACAAGAAGUGUUAGUCUGCCCUGUGGUUGUGUAAAAAGUCAUUCAGGCUCCAGGAAUUUUAUCUGCAUCUUUUUUCUGUAUCCUCCCUUGUAUCCUCAAAUUUCAGUUUUUGGUUAAUUUGUUACUGCUAAACCAUUUUAGUUACAGUCUGAAAUAGGUAACAACUUAACAGGUGUUAAUUCCUUAUAUGAACUGCCCACCAUAAUUGGGCCUUCCAUUACAUGGUCAGAUUGGCAUUUCCAACCCAAUUAAUAAAUAGCCUGGGAUCAGGUUGAGUAGUUCUUUCCAUUGGUGCUCAACCUAUUCCAACCUCACUCUUUACUUAAGAGCGGAACCAAUCUCAAGUUGAACCUGCCACUUUUUCCUGGCUAGAGUUGGAGAUCUUCAACCUGAUUAGUGAGGUUCCAGGUUCGUGCUGGGUGGUCGUUUGUUGCAUUAUGCAGUCAACCUGACCCUUUGCUACCCCUAAUCCCCAACCUACUCUUGCUACAUUACCCCUUCUUUCUUUAAUAUGGAGCACCACCAAAUAAACAUGGUAUCAACUAAUGCUAACUGCCUAAUUGGUUUACUUUAUUUGUGUUUACUUUGUCAUUAUUCCUUUCUCAUUAUGUCUUAUUAGUCUUGAAUUUGAAACCAAAUUGUCUAUGAGAAAAAAGUAUUGACACCAAUAUGAUGUGGUUGCUGAUCACGGGGAAGGUCUGUAUCAUUAUACUGACAGAAGUCAUCCUAAUUGUGUAUGUAUAUACAGUGCAGGGUGAAACAAGGAUGGUUGGUGGUAGAACUUUGGGAACAGAGUCCAUUGAUGGAAACAUCUAUUGGUGGUGGUGCAGAUCCCAUAUGAUCAAAUAUUACUUACUGAUUGAGCUUUAUUCAGAUUAUUUUUUACUCAAUAUGUAGAGAUUCUUGUUCAUUAUAUGAGAUGUUUGUUGUCCAGCGUUGUUAUGGCAAAA